CGCUCCCAAAAAGGCCCACGGCAGUGUUCUCCUCCCGCACUAAUCGUGGCACUCCCUACAGCCUCCUGUACGGUUAUACACGGCCUCCUGCAAACCGGCGCAGUGUAUACACCUCCCCCCUCCCCCCACAAGCUUCCUCAACCCUGAUCUGAGCAGUCAAAGCCGCAGUGCCGGCUGCCCGGAUGUGAGAGACAGCAGGCGAUCUCGCUCAGACUAGAAGAGGUGCAUCCAACGUCGACGUCACUAGAAAACUCCAAGACAAGUGUGAAGCGGAACUACGUCUUCCACGACCGAGCAUCUAGGCGACUUACUUGCUGGAGGGGUCCAGCCGACGAGAAGAUGUCGGCUGGGGUUCCGAGACGACCAGUUGGCCUCGCACUGUGGGCGCUACCCCGCUGGAUGUCGUGGCUGGUGGUCGCAUGCGCGGUGGCGGCGGAAGCGACGCGCUAUUUCGACUUGGUGCUCGACCCAGAGUCCCGGUUCCGGCUCUACUGGACGGUCGACUACGAAGCCGAAUUACUGACGGCGGAGCUGAAACUCGACUUGCCAUCCGAAGACUGGUUCGCCAUCGGCUUCUCUGAUCGCGGAGACGUCUCUCUCGCUGACGUCUGCGUGCUUUGGGCCGACCCGCACGGACGACCCCACCUGGAGGAUGGCUGGACGGACGACGCUGGCUAUGUCGCUGUCGACGAGCAAAACGACUGUGUACUGGGUAGCCUCAAGCGCAAGGGCUCCACGCUAAGGUUUCUAUUUACUCGCAAGUUCGACACCUGCGACAGCCACGACUACGUCAUUGAAGAUGGCACUGUGCACCUGGUCUACGCGACGGGCAAGGGGCCCCUGCGUCGCCUGGAGGGCUUGCGGCUCACCCGAGCCCAGCACGGUUUUCAGAGGGCACAGCUCCUCAAGGUCAUGGAAGAACCGCCGCCGUUUCCGUCCGACACCAAGUUCGCCAAUUUUCUGAAUGACAAGGUAAAAGUUCCAGGCCAAGAAACAACGUAUUGGUGCCGGCUGCUGAAGCUUCCAAGCGACUUCGGCUAUAAGAAGCACAUCGUGAAAUACGAAGCCAACAUCCAAAAAGGAAACGAGGCGCUGGUCCACCACAUGGAGCUCUUCCACUGCGAGGCACCCGUUGACGAGAUACUGCCGCCGUGGAAUGGACCGUGCAACAGCCCCGACCGACCCGAGCCACUUGACCGCUGUAAGAGAGUCAUCGCCGCCUGGGCCAUGGGGGCUCCGCCGCUGGCGUACCCAGAGGAGGCCGGCCUUUCGACCGGUGGGAGCGACUACUCGCCCUACGUGAUGCUCGAGGUCCACUACAACAACCCUGCACAGCGCAAUGACUACGUGGACAGCUCUGGCAUCACUAUCUACUACACUGGAGAGCUGCGUCCCUUCGACGUGGGCAUCCUCGAGAUCGGCCUCGAGUACACAGACAAGAUGGCCAUCCCACCCCAGAAGCAAGGAUUCCACCUGACAGGCUACUGUAUCUCGGAAUGCACGCGUGUGGCUUUGCCCAACUCCGGCAUCACACUGGUGGCCGCCCAGCUGCACACGCACUUAACCGGCGAGCGUGUCUGGGUGCGCCAUGUUCGCGGAGGCGCCGAACUGCCCGAGAUGGCUCGUGACGACCACUUCAGCACGCACUUCCAGGAGAUCAGGCUGCUCAAGAGGAGGCUACAGCUCAUGCCGGGCGACGCCUUGGUUAUCACGUGCAGUUACAACACGGUUGACAGGGCAAACGUCACAUUGGGUGGCUUCGGUAUUCGCGAGGAGAUGUGUGUGUCGUACAUCCACUACUUUCCCAAGACGGACUUGGAAGUCUGCAAGAGCUCAAUAGAAACCAGCUUUCUACAGGCGUACUUCAAGUAUAUGAACCUCUACCACGACGCACCCACGAGCGACCAGAAAGGCAUCAGCGACAACUACAAAUCGAUCCCGUGGAACCGCCACAACGUGCUUCUGCUCGACCGGCUUUACCAGACGAUGCCGCUCUCGAUGCAAUGCAACAAGUCAUCAGGGGACAGGUUUCCCGGCAGCUGGGAAGGGAUGCCGGUGACCGAGAUCCUGUACCCGCUGCCUCCACCAGCCAGGAACUGCCCGGAGGGGGAAGGGCUCCCGCAGCCCGGCCACGAGUAGGGGGACUGCAGCCGCCGUGUCGCCAGGACCAGUGGCCGCAGCUACGUCAAGCCAGCCAUGGGCAGCGGCGAGACCGCUUGUGCCACUGCGGCCUAGACUGCCGCUGUCCCGAGUCGGAGGCGGUGUCCCGCAGUGACAUUAUUUCGCCAAUGGCUCGGAACGACAGAGAGCUUCGCUGUCGAUCCGCACCAUUGCGCAACUCAAGAAGUUCGUAAAUUCUCGCUACUCAAUUCGCGUAAACAGCACGACCCGCAUCCGUCUAAUGUUCUGAAGCCUGCGCUAAUAUCGGCGCACUUCGUGCGGCGCCAGCCGUGCCUGAGCGCAGAACACACAUUCUCAGGCACGAAGGUUUGCAUUCCAGGAAGUGAGUGUGCCGCACUACACCUGUAUAAGUGUCGCAGGCAGACAGGCAGCCUCUGAUGAUGUUGUAGUUCUUUGUCCGCCGUUCAUUGGCACGAUGCUAAAGAGGAGUUGUCUGUCGGCACGGAAGUAUUGAUGACGGAGCGCUUUAUGCUCUCCCACAUAUGAAAGGAUGACAGAAUAAUGCGCGAAGGUUACAUUAACCAUAUCAAAAUAUUCCUUAUUUUGUCGCACUUAAAAAAGUCGAAGUGGCUAUCACUCCAACUUACUUUGCAAACAAAACAACAACAAAAAAUGGGGGAAAGAGAGAGAAAUUGAGACCAAGAUCGACCAGUGCGCAAAAUUUUCAUGAGCAAGAGCUUUGUAGUCGUUUAACAGAGUAAUCAUAAAUAUCCAGCUCGGGCACACAUAGGUAGCGAAGAUUUACGAAGAAAGGCGCAGAAGUAAUAUUGUGUACGUUAAUUUUAUUUUUAAAACAAUGAGGUUAGCGCAAAGUAUUAGGAAAAGACUAUUUAAGUGGUAUCUCGUUUCUUUGUUUUUUUUUAUCGGACUUCAAAACCGAACAUCGAUAUUUAGAAACCUAAACUAGGCCUAAAGGGUGCCGCUUUCGUAAACGCAAGGAACAAAUGAACGUAGUGCACACUACUGAAGAUACGUUUGAUUAAUUACAAUAAUAAAGUAAAUAUCGUUGCGUA